AUGGCUCUGGGAGCUGCUGUGCUCUGUCUGAGUGUGGUAUAUACACUUAUGUCAUCAAACCGUCAUAAUGUCCCUGUAUCCAGCCCUCAACGGCCUGAAAAGCAGUCCAAAGAUCCUCUCAAAAUCGAUCCGCUGAAUGACUUGGACUGGAGGGCCGUUGAGCCUGCCAAGUACCGACCGUUCAAGCCCAUUUACCACAUCACCAUGGCACUCAAAGCAGACACCCCUUCAGAGCUCAUCACCGUCGACACAGACUACCUCGACAGAGUCUCCCUCCGCCGCCAAAUCAUCUCCCAGCACGGCGCCUUAGUCCACGGCUGCCUCCCAUCCGGCGUCGAAGCCGUCCGCGAGCUUUACCACUUCCUCCUCCACGACCAUCUCCCAGCUCGCUUCCCAACCAUGUUCCAGCUCCGAGAUCAAGGCCGGCAAUUCGAAAAUCUCGUGACCGGCCAGACAUUCCCCACGGACGUGCCGGACGAUCCAGCAGCGGCCCUGCGGAUUCUCUCCGAGACUGUCGAAGAGGACAUGUUUCUGCUGGUUGGCGAGCCGGAGGGACACCGCGCAGUGGCUUUUCAGUGCUGCUUCCCGUCGGGAUUUGAUCCGUCGUCGAAAGUGGGCAAGUUGCUCAAGGAGAUUCAUGCGCCGGUGCCUUCGUAUGACAAGAUUGGGCCGAGCAUGGAGAGAUUCUUUGGCAAGAUUGAGGUGGGCAAAAAUGUGAAGCGAACAAAUUGGGGCAUACAAACAGACGGAAACUUGUUUCACUACGAAAGACACGAUGAACCGACUAGCGACGCUCCAUUGGCAGCUGAAGCCGAGACAGACAUGAGCCAGGCCUAUGCCCGCAUCGAGCUGCAGACUCUAAGCCGCCUACCCAAGACUCGGGCCGUCCUCUUCUCCUUCAAGACAUAUCUGUAUUCGCUACGGCAACUCAAGGAGGAAGGGCUGGGUCCGCAGGUGGCAGAUGCCAUUGAGGGCCUCAAGACGGGCAACGCACCGGGCAUGUGGAAUUACAAGGGCGCGCCUCAGUGGGCAGAGCCGGUUUGCAGGUACCUGAGGGCAUGA